AACACCUAAGAAUUGCAGUUGGUCUGCAAAUCACGUGAGGAUGUCAGAGGAACUGUCCCUUCCUCCUUCCUCUUAAGGCUACGCCACGCACUAGCUAAACAAGGAGGGAGAGUUUCUGGGGACUGUCUGGUUCUGCAUUCUUUGGCUCUUGUGUGUUUCAGAGCUUUAAAAGGGCUAAAAGUUUCAAGUUAAAUUUCUGCUAGUGGGUUCAAUUAGUGAAUCUUGAAGAAGGGUCUGAACCAUUUACCUCUCUCUAGUGGAAUUCAUGGCAUCAGUCUCGAUUUUCAGUGUUUCGCUCCAUGGGGUAAAUUUAGAGGAUAGGCCUCGUUUCCGAGUGAGAGCUCAGGGGCUAGGAGGCAAGGAUUUGAAAAUGGUGUCUUCUGAUCAAGUUGUAUCGAAUGAAACAACUCCUUUAGUUGAAGAGAGAGAAAAAAGUGCAUCCUUGAGUGACGGCGGGAAUGGAAGGUUGAAGGCCAGUGUUGAGAAAAAGAUGGUCAAAGAUUUGGUUUCUGAACAUAUGAAAGUCUUGUGGGAUGAUGGUUAUGGGACCAAUACUGUGAAAGAUUUCCUUAAUGUAUCCAGCGAAAUGAUAAAGCCUGAUGGUGGACCGCCACGUUGGUUUUGCCCUGUUGAGUGUGGGCGUCCAGUCAAGGAUUCUCCUGUUCUUCUAUUUUUGCCUGGGCUUGAUGGUGUUGGGAUGGGGCUAUUGUUACAUCAUAAAGCUCUUGGGAAGGUUUUUGAAGUUAGGUGCCUUCAUAUUCCCAUUUAUGAUCGGACACCAUUUGAAGAACUGGUGGCGUUUGUUGAAGAAACUGUGAGGCUUGAGAAUGCCUUGUGCCCAAACAAGCCAAUCUAUUUGGUGGGUGAUUCUUUUGGGGGUUGCUUAGCACUUGCAGUUGCUGCUCGUAAUCCCAAGAUUGACCUUGUAGUGAUAUUAGUAAAUCCAGCUACAUCAUAUGGCAGGUCACAGCUGCAACCCUUGAUUCCUUUCUUGGAAGCUUUGCCAGAUGGGCUGCAUAACACUGUUCCCUAUCUUCUGAGCCUUGUUAUUGGUGAUCCAGUGAAACUGGCAACAGUUGGUAUUGGGAGUAGGCUUCCUUCUAGACUGAGAAUUGAACAAUUGUCCAGGAACGUUACAGCUUUGCUUCCUCUUAUUUCUGGUAUAGCUGACAUUGUUCCAAGGGAGACUCUUGCUUGGAAAUUAAAAUUGAUCAAGUCAGCUGCUGCUUAUGCUAAUGCCCGUCUUCAUGCUGUUAGAGCUGAAGUACUCCUGCUAGUCAGUGACAAGGAUAACAUGCUUCCUAGUCGAGAUGAGGCUAAACGUCUGAAGGGUUUACUACAUAACUGCACAGUUCGUCACUUCAAGGACAAUGGACAUAUCCUUUUGCUGGAAGAUGGAAUUAGUUUGCUUACUAUUAUUAAAGGUACUAGCAAAUACCGCCGUUCAAGGAGGCAUGACUUUGUCUCAGAUUUCGUGCCUCCUAGUAUAUCAGAAUACAGAUAUGCUUUUGACCAAGUCGUAGGACUUCUUCGUUUUGCUACUUCUGCGGUCAUGUUUUCAACUUUGGAAGAUGGCAAGAUAGUAAAAGGCCUUGCAGGUGUUCCAAGUGAAGGUCCAGUCUUGUUUGUUGGUUACCAUAUGUUAAUGGGAUUAGAGAUUUAUUCUCUUAUUGAAGAAUUCUUGAGAGAGAAGAACAUUAUGGUUCAUGGUGUAGCACACCCAAUGGUUUUUUUUGGAAUGGAAGAUGGUUCAUCACCUGAAUUCUCACUCGCUGAUUGGAUGAAGAUAAUGGGUGCAGUACCUGUUUCAGCAAGCCAUCUAUUCAAAUUGCUGUCUGCAAAGUCUCAUGUUCUUCUUUAUCCUGGUGGUGCACGUGAGGCCCUCCAUUACAAGGGUGAACAAUAUAAAUUAUUCUGGCCUAAUCGACCUGAAUUUGUAAGAAUGGCAGCACGGUUUGGGGCCACAAUUGUGCCUUUUGGCACUGUAGGAGAAGAUGAUAUAGCAGAUUUGGUUCUUGAUUACGAUGACUGGAUGAAAAUCCCUGUGCUUAAUGACUAUAUUAGGGAGAGAAUGCAGAAAGUGGAAAAACUAAGGGACGAAUCACUUGGAGAAGUUGCCAACCAACAACUUUUUGUACCAGGAAUGUUACCAAAGAUACCUGGGCGCUUCUACUAUCUGUUUGGGAAGCCAAUAAAAUUGAAGGGGAAGGAAGACUUGCUGAAGGACAAAGAAACAGCAAAUCAGUUAUACUUGCAGGUGCAGUCAGAAAUUGGAGCAAACAUUUCCUACCUGUUGAAAAAGAGAGAGGAUGAUCCAUACAGGAACAUUGUUGACAGAAUAAUGUACAGAGCAUUUAACGAUCCAUUGCACCAGGUUCCAGCAUUUGAUCCUUGAAGUGCUGUACAGUUUUGUACAAUCUUAAAGGUAUAGGUAAGUCUUCCUGUUCUUGCACCCAAUUUCAUGUUCAACAUGGUAUUACAAAUUGCUACUAAAAUAGUGAAAGAAACAGAAAAUUUGUAAUUGCAGUCUCUCCACUAGUGUCAUGGGUCCAUUAGGGUGUGUUGUCAUCCAGCAUCGGAUGUGUACUAACAAGGUCUUGGGUUAAUAAGUCAGGCUGCUAUCAUCCUUCCCUCUCAAUGGAUCUUUCUGUGUAGUGGAGAUCCAGGCUGUGACACUAGCAUAUUUGGUUGUUUGUUUCCUAGGAAAACAAAUAUUUUUCGUGGGUAUUUGGAGUGGAUUCUUGUUUCUUUUGUAGAAACUUGAUAUCGAAUAAAAAUAACAGUUGAUCGAUUUUAUUCUGAAGGUUCAGUUUUGUGUGAAUUCUAUCAAAAGCAUUUACUUUCACUAUGCUUUUGCAGAAUCUCCAUGUCUCACCAUCAAUGUAACUCAAUGGGACUACAUUCUCUUUAUUCUUUACUCUCCCAUGGAGAAAGAAAUAUUCACUUCAAGU